AGACAAAGAAUGAAUGCUACACAACCUGUUCUUUGUAGGUAAUCUCAGGGUGGGUAGAACAAAAGACAAGGAGUGACUUGCUAGCUAUAUUGCUAUGCGCCGUUCGAAUUGGCGCUUCUUGCCGGCUCAGUGCGUCGGGCCACUUAAAGCCCUUUACCUAUUGAAGGGCUGCGUUAGCUAUAUUCUGGCCAGCGUUGUGGUCCCGACUGCGCUAGAGGCUAGCCUUGGGGUGCAACUUGUGUGCUGCGUCAAAUGCUCCUCGACGCUCGGAAUUUGUCGAGGCUGCAUACCAGCAUCCCUUCGUCGGUGGCCUACACACAGCGAUAUUCGUAGGAGUAGAAUGUCAAGAAUAUACGCAUAUCGUACCUUCCUUCAUCGUUGCAAACAGAACGCUUCCUCAGUUUCCGCGUACCUAAAUUUAGAGUCUUGAUAUAAACUUGUUCGACUUGACCAGUCCUCCGCUCCUGCCCUGAAGUCGCCGUCAAUGAUAACGACCAUAACUCGUCGCUGACUCCUCGUGGCCCUCGUUCGGGCCGUCCUGAACAUCCCAUUGGUUGCACGUCCUACCUUGACCUUCUCCCCUUGCUCCUUGAG